AGUCAUGGAUUUGCGAGGACAACGAUUUGAGCUGAAUCUUUCAGACGACGAGGACAAUGCGGGCCCAGGCUCUACUGCUCCGUCGUAUGCGGUACCUCCUCUUAUGUCGGCCUUCGUAGGCGACAUCAAAGAGCGCUCGACAGCCCCUCCUACGGCACCCAAAAUGAAGACCACUCCAACUGGCUUUCCUGAACAUAAGAAGAGGACCAAGAUAUCUGCAUUUAAGCAGCAAAGAGCUGGAGCUGGACCUGUACAGCCUGUACCGGCAGAUCCCAGCCGUCCUUCUGCUCCUAGGCCGCAGGCGCCUCAGCCAGCUAACGCCUCUUCACUAAUACAGGACAACUCCAGUUUUGACGAGAGCGAGAGACGGCGGAUCGACGAAGAAAAUAAUCAAAGGCUGGCAGCAAUGUCGACUGCAGAGAUAGAACAGGAGAGGGCAGAGCUUCUGGCAGGAUUGGAUCCAUCUUUGAUCGAGAGAUUACUAAAGCGAGCAAACCUGGAUGAAGGUCGUGGCGAUACUGGACUCUACCCACCAAGUGAAAAUACUGCCAAGACCGAAGACAUAUCGGAAAAAGCUGCAAUUUCACAAGAUGGGGUACCGACACCAACACCUACUGCAAAGCGGAUUGUGGCAUCAAAGUCGGUCACUUUCGAAGACGACAAGGAGCCUGCCACGCCUAUUGACCUGAAGCCUGCAUCCGAACCUCUAUCUUCGGUUCCCGAUCAACCAUCUAUACACUUCCCAUCUGCUCCAGCAGCUCCAGAAUUAGAUCCCUCAGACCCAUCCUUCCUCGAAAAUCUUCAUACCAAAUACUUCCCAAAUCUACCUGCAGAUCCCUCAAAGCUUGCAUGGAUGGCACCCAUACCCACACAUGGAUCUGUAGCAGAUCAAGAAUCCCCAUACUAUCCCAAUAGUGAGGGUCUGUCUGCUUCAGCUCUCAGAUUUGAUUUCAGAGGUGGUUUAUUGCCUCCUCGGAUAUCGAGAGCCAUGCCAAGUACAAAAGGCCUACAUCAUCACGGCGAAGCUCCAGAAGCUGCAGGGUAUACGGUCCCAGAACUAGCGAGACUGGCACGCUCGGCUUUUCCAGCACAGAGAUGCGUCGCGUUUCAGACUUUGGGCAGGUUACUAUAUCGAUUAGGAAGAGGGGAAUGGGGAGAUGCAGAUAGUGAGAUUACGAAGGGUUUGUGGCAAUGUGUACAAGGGGGCAAAGUUAUCGAGACUUUGGAAGAGGCCGCUGGUGCUGAAGGUGGUCAUCAAGGUAGUAAAGUGUACGCUAUUGAGGCUGUGUGGCUGUGGCAGAAGGGAGGAGGGCAGGUAUGGAAAGCUGCGUGAGUUGACUGGGAUGAAAUUUACGAGCAAUGAUUUCAUGAUAAUGG